ACUGACCCCUCCUCCCUUUCUUCCUCACCCUCUCCUCCCCUCCUCCCCCGCAGCUCCUGGUUAGUGAAUGAAUUAGGAGGCGGACAGUGCGGGGCACGAGGCGUUGGAGUACCCCUCCCCCCAACCUUCCACGCUCGCCCGGGGGUUGGCACCUGUCGGGGCACCGUGAUACUUGGCGCCCCCGUUCCUGCGGGUCAGCCGGGCCACGGCAGGCUGUUCUGCGGGCCUGGGCUCCCCUUCCCUUGCCGGCUCGGAGGGACCUGAGGGCUGCAGGGCGCCGGAGAAGGAGCCCCCGCCUCACGCACAAGUUUCCAUUCCGCCGCUUGUGGGCCCCGCAGCAGGGCGCACCUGUCAGCGAGACAGACGCUGCAGACCAGGCGGCCCCUCAAAGUUGGGUGUGUGUGGAUAGAGUGGCGUGCGUCCUUGGCGGGUUUUCUCCUUUCGUCGUCCGGGGGCCGGUCUUGAGGAGCGCCCCCAACCUCGUGCCCUUGAAUCGCGACUGCGCGUUAGGCUGCCUGGGCCGUGUUCCCCUCGGUGAGCAAAGCGUGUGGGGACGAAAGGCGGUCCACGUUUUAGGAUCAACCCCCCACCGCCGGCUUGGGGUGACACAGCCCCUGUCUGGGGAGGGGGACCCUCGGCCAGAGCCCAAACCAGCGCCUGACUGCACGUGGGGGGUAUCCUGCUGCGGGACUUUCUUGGGUCUUCUAGCGGGGAGGCUGGGGAACCGGGGUAGUGCCUCUAAUUCCUGCGGGGGAGGGGUCCCGCCCGGGGAAGGAGGGGACCGGCGACACCGGGGAUGCUGCCUUUGUCUGCAGGCACACUUUGCCAAGGUAGCUGGGCCCCCGGAAAGAUAAGCAAGGCCUGGUCCAACAGUGAUUUCUUGGGUUUUCCGUUCCUUCCCGGCUGGGUCGUGGGAAACCGGCACGUGGGUGUGGCCGGCGCCGCCUUUGCCAAAAGGUGAGGCUCAAGUGGGGGCGAGAAGCGUGGCGAGUGCCUUCCCAGCUGCUUUGACCUGGUGGGCACCGCCUCCGGCACUGCACCGAGGCGGGGCGCCAGCGCCCGGCAGGUUGCUGGGCUGGCCUCCGCACCCCCUGUCCCUUCCCCGAGCGCAGGCGGUCAGCGGCACGUAAGCUCAAGAGGGGGACAGGGCGCUCCAGGGCCGUGGACGCAGGCUUGGGGGCCCUGGGUUCGGGCGCAUGCAGCGGGGCGGGGCGGGGGGAGGAUCAGGGAGGGCUGGGAGUCCUGCAGAGGAAGCACGCGGCAGGCUCCCGGGGAUGGCGGGGCAGAGCGCCGGGAGGCCGUGCUUCCCGGAGAGGCGAGGCUGCCAACAGCUCUUUCCGGACCGAAGCUGCUGGAAGGCUGCUGGUGCCUGAGUCUCAGGCCGAUUUAGGCAGUGACUGCGUGUUCUUCACUCCUCCUAUGUGAGAGGUGUUCCCUGACAGGAAGGCGUGUUCAUGUUGGGGGUUCGAUUUCCAGAGACCUAGAGUUGGAGCAAGCUUUGGAAAUGCCGGUGCAGCUGACAACAGCCCUGCGUGUGGUGGGCACCAGCCUGUUUGCCCUGGCAGUGCUGGGUGGCAUCCUGGCAGCCUACGUGACAGGCUACCAGUUCAUCCACACAGAGAAGCACUACCUGUCCUUCGGCCUAUACGGGGCCAUCCUGGGCCUGCACCUGCUCAUCCAGAGCCUGUUUGCCUUCCUGGAGCACAGGCGCAUGCGGCGGGCCGGCCGGCCACUGAAGCUGCCCUCUCCACGGCGGGGCUCGGUGGCGCUCUGCAUUGCUGCGUACCAGGAGGACCCUGACUACUUGCGCAAGUGCCUGCGCUCCGCCCAGCGCAUCGCCUUCCCUGACCUCAAGGUGGUCAUGGUGGUGGAUGGCAAUCGCCAGGAGGACGCCUACAUGCUGGACAUCUUCCAUGAGGUGCUAGGUGGCACUGAUCAAGCUGGCUUCUUUGUGUGGCGCAGCAACUUCCACGAGGCUGGUGAGGGUGAGACGGAGGCCAGCCUGCAGGAGGGCAUGGACCGCGUGCGGGACGUGGUGCGGGCCAGCACCUUCUCGUGCAUCAUGCAGAAGUGGGGAGGCAAGCGCGAGGUCAUGUACACGGCCUUCAAGGCCCUUGGUGAUUCGGUGGACUACAUCCAGGUGUGUGACUCCGACACUGUGCUGGAUCCAGCCUGCACCAUCGAGAUGCUUCGAGUCCUGGAGGAGGAUCCCCAAGUUGGGGGAGUUGGCGGAGAUGUCCAAAUCCUCAACAAGUACGAUUCGUGGAUUUCCUUCCUGAGCAGCGUGCGGUACUGGAUGGCCUUCAACGUGGAGCGGGCCUGCCAAUCCUACUUUGGCUGUGUGCAGUGUAUUAGUGGGCCCUUGGGCAUGUACCGCAACAGUCUCCUCCAGCAAUUCCUGGAGGACUGGUACCAUCAGAAGUUCCUAGGCAGCAAGUGCAGCUUUGGGGAUGACCGGCACCUCACCAACCGAGUUCUGAGCCUUGGCUACCGAACUAAGUACACAGCACGCUCCAAGUGCCUCACAGAGACCCCUACUAAGUACCUCCGGUGGCUCAACCAGCAGACACGCUGGAGCAAGUCUUACUUCCGGGAGUGGCUCUACAACUCUCUCUGGUUCCAUAAGCAUCACCUCUGGAUGACCUACGAAUCAGUGGUCACAGGUUUCUUCCCCUUCUUCCUCAUUGCCACGGUCAUACAGCUCUUCUACCGUGGCCGCAUCUGGAACAUCCUCCUCUUCCUGCUGACGGUGCAGCUGGUGGGCAUUAUCAAGGCUACCUAUGCCUGCUUCCUACGAGGCAACGCAGAGAUGAUCUUCAUGUCCCUCUACUCCCUUCUCUACAUGUCCAGCCUCCUGCCAGCCAAGAUCUUUGCCAUUGCUACUAUCAACAAGUCUGGCUGGGGCACCUCUGGCCGAAAAACCAUUGUGGUGAACUUUAUUGGCCUCAUCCCUGUGUCCAUAUGGGUGGCAGUUCUUCUGGGGGGGCUGGCGUAUACAGCUUACUGCCAGGACCUGUUCAGCGAGACGGAGCUAGCCUUCCUUGUCUCCGGGGCUAUCCUGUAUGGCUGCUACUGGGUGGCCCUCCUCAUGUUGUAUCUGGCCAUCAUUGCCCGGAGAUGUGGGAAGAAGCCAGAGCAGUAUAGCUUGGCUUUUGCUGAGGUGUGACAUAGCCCCCAAUCAGAGCGGGAAAAGUGCAAUGGGUAAGGGAGGGAAGGGGAAAGAAAGUGAAAAGAUGGGGUGGGGGAGGGAGGAGGGAGUGUUGUGUUUUAAUUUCUUAAUGGUCCAAAGGACAAACCUAAAAUGCAAAGAAUGGUGACUGUAGUAUGGCCUGGGCAGCUCUACUUAGAGGAAGCAACACUGAAUUCUCAGGCUCAGGGCAGAGGGGGCUUAUAUGUUUUCAGGCUGCCUGUCUGCUUGCAUCUGCACAUAAGCAGUGGCCUCUGGGAAAGGUUCUACUUCUACUGGGAUCCAGAGGAAACUCAGAAGUGUGCUAAACCAAACAAGUUUGAUUCAGUGUCAAUUUCUGAUAGGUAUGUGAGCAGUGGCAGCCUGUGGGAAGAGGUUCUCCUAGCCAAUCUGAAUGCAACCAGAGGUGGUGAGAGAAUUUCUACUGAGAGGUCUGGGUCAGCUAGUGUCCCCUCUCCCCCCAGUCAUCAAUGCAAUAAGAUUGCGCCUGAGAUACAAGGCUCCAGAGCCUGAUCUUUGGGCAUCAGAAAACAGGGUCCAGGAAUGGUGCUUUAUGUGAUGUACCCCACUCCACAUCUCAACAUCCCAGGGAUGAACCAAACCAGCAGACAGUUAGCAGGGAACUGCUUUUAAAAGUACGUAUUAAAAAGGAAAGUUUGCCAGGAAGAACAAAGAGGUGGUGCUAAAGGCCAUGGGCAUUAUGGAGGCCUUGGGUAUUCCACCUGGAAAUUGCUCAGACUUCUAGAUGGAUUCUUAGCUUGUCUGUGAUCUCUGCUGGAGAGAUAAACUGUUUUAGCCAUCCAUCAGGAAGAUUAAACCCCAACAUGUUUAAAAAGGAAGUGAGGUCUUAAGUAUUUUGACCUGUAUACUCCUGAAUUCCCCUCAAAUUCAGCUCUGAUUUGAGGCAAAGAGAUCCUCCUCACUUCACUUUCUUCAAAGGCACAUUUUUUUUUUUUUUUGGUUUAACUGCAGUCACCUCUUCCACCCUUGUCAUCAUGGGUAAGUUUUUCAAGGUGGCAACUGGAGCAGAGCCUGGGCUCUUACAAGACCCUCUGCUCUCAGCGCAUACGGGAACUGCUAAGAGCUUCUGAUCAAAUUGGCUACAGUCUUGGAGCUGUUUGGACAGAUUCCUUGGCAGCCGAGUUAGCAUCAUGACUUUCAGGAUACUGUUCUUGACAAUCAUCUCCAAUGGAAAGCUUUUCAGUGCUUCCAGACUGAACCCUCAAAUUCAAGCUAGUUAUCUUUGAGGCUGUCCAUUCUCCUCGGUGGCUACUGCAGGGAAUUCUACAGCCAGGUUGCAGAUAGUCACUCCGUUUGCAAGCUUCUUUCUAGAAACCAAACUAGGAGAUGGAAUUGGUUCAUACAACCUAAGGUUCUUGCUUUUUCAUGUCUAUUGAAGCUGUUUGAUUUCCCCCUGCUACUUUUGGAGAGUGAGGGGAAAAGCCAUUUUCCAGUGACUUGCAACCCACAGACUUCUCAGCAUUCAAGUUUAAAACCUGGGAUCUUGACUAAGCCUCUGACUUAAGGAUUGCUUGCUCACUCUCUCGAAACGUCCACUUUCAGAGGGGCCAGCUAAGCCCUCAGAACCAGCACCAAGGUGGAGAGCAGUUGAGGGGGCAAGCCUCCAGCGUACCCAGGUGCUUCCAACAAAGAAACAAAGUGUGCUCUGAGCCACAGAUGGGCAAACCCUGGUGCCUUCCUUCAUCUCCCCUGAACUCAAGGGUUUUCCAGGUGUAGCCAGCAGUUGCUUUUAAGACUGAUGGUUGAUGUCAGACCCAACCCAUGAAGGCUGGGCGACAACAGGCAUUUGCUAAGGGCAGUUCUGCUGGCCAAGAAGCAAACUAUUUUGAGCACUAUAAUGGAGGAAAUCCUGUCAGCCAACUGCAGAGCUCAGACUUCACUAAGGGCUUGUUUUUCUUCAGCUUUUACUUGAAAGUUAAUGUAGGAUGAUGGACUCUGGAUGGAGAACUCCUGGCUGUCCUACCAUCAGCUCUGCCUUGCACUGUGGUCAUCAACUUUCCUCUCAGAUCAAAAGUAGGCAGGUACAGGUAGUGGGCUCACAACGUUUGACCUCGACUGGUUUUUCUAAGUUAUUUUGUACGUUUUUCAGCAGCAAAACCAAACUGGGUCUUCAGCUUUAUCCCCGUUUCUUGCAAGGGAAGAGCCUUUAUACAACUGGACGCAUUUUGGUUUUUCCUCAUUGAGAAUUUUAAUCCUCUUUUGUAUUGUUUCUACAAUUUGUAAACAUAUUUAUUUUUACUUUUUUUUUUUUUUUUUUACUUUUCAGGUCAAAUUUUUUAUACUGCACUUAUUUGUCAAAAUAAAGAUUCUCACAUAACGCUGGUAUCU